UGCCCUGAUCAUAUCAGGUUACUACAUCUGUCUUCCCUCACCAAACCCAUCAAUGAUUUGAUUUAUUUGACUAUAGUCAUUUGAUUGGUUCAUAUUAUUGACAAUAAAUAGAUGUUAUGUUAAUUAUUAACCGUAGCUGUUAAAAGUCCAAUAGUGGGAGUGUGCAGACUGAUGAUGACGCGACUUUAAUUCCUGACUAUUUCAGUUAUGGCCAACAGAGGGCAACAUUUAUCCAUAAAAUACGAUAAAACCUUACUGAACCAAAGUGAUUUGGGUUACAUUGUAAAAAAAAAUGUUGAUAUUGUAUGUGAUCAGAAACAAUGCAUUCAUUUCCCGGAGAGGUCGCUCUGUGCUGUUGUAGUUGACGUAAUAAUGUACGAUGGAAUAUAGAAGCCUAUGACGUAAACGAACUCAAGAAAAGGUUCAGUGCGCUUCUUUUGGCUCAGUUGAGUUGAUGAUUUGCAAAGGACAGUCAUCUUCAUGUUCAAAUAAAUCACUUUGCGUGGAUAAAGAAGAAAUUCUGUGUGAGUACAGCAAAACUGGCCAAGAUGUUGUAAAAAAAUGUUUUAAAUGUAUUUUAAAAUGUAUUUGUUUGUAAAAAAAAUGUCAGGUCCAAUCUGAAGGGUGCCUGAAAGCACAAUGGAUAGAAAUCAUAAACCGUUGAGAAUAAUUCUUCUAAAAGCUGGGACCCUCCAAGCUAGUGCUGGAGAGCAAGUGCUCCAGAAAGAUGGCCAUUCCACUGGCCAUGAUGGACUAAGCCUGCCAGCCCUGGUAGGCUGCCCCCAGGACAGCCCUCGAAAGGCUGGGACCCUCCAAGCUAGUGCUGGAGAGCAAGUGCUCCAGACAGAUGUCCAUUCCACUGGCCAUGAUGGACUAAGCCUGCCAGCCCUGGUAGACUGCCCCCAGGACAGCCCUCGAAAGGCUGGGACCCUCCAAGCUAGUGCUGGAGAGCAAGUGCUCCAGACAGAUGUCCAUUCCACUGACCAUGAUGGACUAAGCCUGCCAGCCCUGGUAGACUGCCCCCAGGACAGCCCUCGAAAGGCUGGGACCCUCCAAGCUAGUGCUGGAGAGCAAGUGCUCCAGACAGAUGUCCAUUCCACUGGCCAUGAUGGACUAAGCCUGCCAGCCCUGGUAGACUGCCCCCAGGACAGCCCUCGAAAGGCUGGGACCCUCCAAGCUAGUGCUGGAGAGCAAGUGCUCCAGACAGAUGUCCAUUCCACUGACCAUGAUGGACUAAGCCUGCCAGCCCUGGUAGACUGCCCCCAGGACAGCCCUCGAAAGGCUGGGACCCUCCAAGCUAGUGCUGGAGAGCAGGUGCUCCAGACAGACGUCCAUUCGGCUGGCCAUGGUGGACAUGAUGGGCCAGCCCUGGUAGACUGCCCCCAGGACAGCCCUCGAAAGAACCUUGUGCCGAAGCCCCCGCAAGGCCCCAGGCCCAGCCGAGAGGCCAAUAUAGCAAAGGCAGAAAAUAAAGCCAGAGAGGCUAUCAAGGCUAGAAGGGCUAGGGAGGCUAAGGCAGGGGGGGGGAAACUAAGCCACCAAGUAGUUGGUAUGUUGGCACUGCCUCAAACUCUUCUAUCUCGAACCAGUUACAGUGUCCUGCCAGCUAUCAAGAAGGGCACUAAAGUUACUAAAAUGGAGACAACAGAACCCCUAUGUCCCUUGACACCUGAUGGGGAGAUAAUGAUCUCCUCUUCAUCUGUUGAUGACCUCCUGACCCUAAAGAGUGAUGUCAUGUCCGAGGCUAAGAGCGAUGAUGCCUCCCGUCCAAUUGAACCUGAGAUGUUCUCUCUAACAAACUUCCUGAAGUCUCACCCUAAGAGAAAGCUUAUCAGGAAAUUCCUCAAACAAAUGAACGUGACAAUAGGCGACCUGGACGAGAUCAUCGAGUGGGUGGUGUGUGUCUCCAAUGAGGUGUUCCUCCCAGUGAUGGCUCUGAUCCGGACCUCCAGUCCAGAGUCGUCCACCUCAUCCCGAUGGGGGUCAGGUGAGCUCCAGAUCAUCUCCAGGGAGUUCCACCAGCGGAGUUCUGAGCCGAAGGGAAGGCUCCUGGGUGGGCAGCCGCCCACUCCCCCUUCUGAGACCGACAAGGAGCUUCAGGGCGUAGCAGAUCUGUCUGUGAGUAACAUCCUGAAAAGGGCCCAGGAGGACCUCUUCUUUUCUGGUGAGGAUGACCUGGAGAACACCCAUCCAGGCAUCACUCUGACCGAAGAGAGCCUCUCCAGCAUCUUCUCAGAGUUGUUCAGGGACGCCUGUGAGAGUGCCCAGGAGGCCACCAGACAGAUCCACCACAUGAGGUCUGGAAGAGGCAACAACAGCCGGAAUGGGAGAUGCCCUGGGUUAUCACAGGGAUCGAGCAGGUCCAACAUGCUAGAUUUGGGAGAACUGGGGUCAGUGAGGAGGCCCAAGGGAAGCGACGUCCAUAAAGUCCUUAGCGAGGGGUCCCUCCCUGUCUUUGCCCUGCUUGGGGAGAGGCCAGGGGAAGUUGGGGAGACCAGCAGCCCUGCUGGGGAGAUGGACGCGACCCAGACUGCCAGCACUCCCAGCAUUCCCCAGUCUGGGCAUGGCAGCAGAAGAAGUAGCCAGACCACUGCUCCCAUCACCGGCCACAGAGAGGCAGGAGUCACAGCCAGUAACAUCUUUGAUGUUAUUUUUCAUCUGACGCACUCUGACACUGACCGGAAACACCACCAGGAGUUCAGCAGUGAGGAUGAUGUUUCACUGAAUGACAUCAUGGACAUGAAGUUAACCCCACCAGUGGAGCCCCUGGGGCAGAUCCUGUCCUCAUGGAAGCUGGUCAACAGGAUCUUCAGGGGGAAGGUCCACUACUUUGGGAAGGAGCUCAUCUGCAAGGUGUAUCAGAUGCUUCUGGACACCGGUAUGGGCAGGAGGCCAAUGGCCCGCCAGAGCAGGUCCGAGCCCAUCCUGAAAGACCUGGCUGCCAAACGUAGGCUCUCCGAUGAAUUCUUCACAGACGUGCUGUACAUGUUCAUCCAACGGGCCAUUAAGAAUCUGCUGGAGAACUUCUUGGGUCUGCCGACCACCCCACCGGGUAGAGACAUUAUGUGGAAUGACAACUUCAACUGGAUGUAUAGGGACGGCUGGGGGGACACCCCCACAUCCAGCAAGGACGAGUUGUGGGACAGCGACUCCACCUGGUCAAGUGAGCUUGGAGAGGAGGAGGGGGCAGAGUCCCGUGGGAGGUGGGCCGCUCUGUUGGAGAAGGGCAGCUUCCUGACCCUCCAGUCCCCCAGCUCCCUCUCCGAUGACAACAAGGAGGCACUAGGGGCCGUCUACCAGGUCCUGACCACCAGGGUGGGAGACAUCCUGAACAGUACCUGCAACGACGAUUACAAGGCCAGGCUCAUCAUCCAGAAAGGAUUGGAUUCCGGUGCCAGGGAAAGGUUCCCUGACUCUCCGUGUUCCUCUUCACCCAAGGACGAAGAGGAGGUGGUUGUGAGUGGCAUGACUGUCUCAUACCCUAAACCCUCCACCUCAACCCAGGCAGCAUGGGCAGCUCCUGCCCAGACUCUGGACGUUUUUCUGCCCAGACCCUGCCUGGAUGAAGAAGAGGUAGUCCCCAGCACCUCCAUGAAGGACGACUCUGUGACGACCACCCAUGCAGCACGGGCAGCUCCUUACCAGACCCUGGAAGAAGAGGUGGGGGGAGCUGAGGUCUCCGAGAUGAGUGACAGCUCCCUGAUGCCCACCAAGAACAGGCAGGACCCCCUGCAGAAUAUUCCCUCCCUCCUACCAGGCAAGGAGGACAUCCUCCUUCGGUCCACUCCCUGGACCACCGUCAUGAGCCCCCAGACCCUGAAGUUUAUUCUCCACGGCAUCAUGUGCCAACUGGAGGCCUCAGAGUCCCCCCAGACAAGGAGGGCCAAUGACCCCUUCAGGCUGAUGAAGGAUCUCUUUGUGGAGGUCCAGCAUGCCCUGAAGUAUGCUGACAUCUCUGUCGUCUUUGGCCUGGAGGAGAGCAUCCAAUUCAGUGGGGAGGAUGCGGUGAAGGCCAUCGUGAAGACUGCGGCUAAAAGAUUGUCCCUGCGUUCGGACGCCAACCGGGCUCAACUGUGUGCCGCACGCUCUGGUAGUGAGGGAGCCAUCGGGUGCAUGGCGGACACCAUCACACAAGUCAUAGAUGACUAUUCCGAGGACUGGAGUUCCGACGGCCAUUUUGGAGCCAGGAGGAGCCAUGCUAGUGGGAGAUCAUACUCCUCAACCUCCUCAAGGAGUGACGUCACCCUCACCGAGGAGCUCCUGGCUUGGAAGGAAACCCUAGAAGGGGACCUAGAGGAGAUGGCUGAUGACAUCACUGGUUUGGAAAAGACCAGUGUAAGCUCAGCCAUCUCUGAGAAGUCCCAGGUAAUUAGCUACCUUUCUGAAAGCACCAAGCCCAUCAGCAGCGCCCUCUCCACAGACCUCGAGGACAUCACCUCCACACAGAAGAAAGAGAAGGAAGAGGCUAUGGAGAAAGAAGUGAGGAAGUCAGGGAAGAAGAAGCGAGGAAAUAACAAGGAUCAGAAGAAGAACAAGGUGUCUCCUCUUGGCAAUGAUAGUACUGUUGCUGCAGAUGAGCCUAAGAAAAAACAGGCUCUCCUCCCGCGAAUCACAGCCGCCCUGGCAAAACUAUUUUGCUUCCCCUGCAAAAAAAAAAUCAAAAAGUAACUGUGCAUAAGACGACUUUGGGAAACCCUGCGGCCACCUCCCCAACCCAUUUUCGAAAAAAAACUGUCAAAGCCAACAGAAGAGGGACUCACAACUCACUACCCUACUCACAACUCAUUUUAUUACGCCCCAUUUAAUUCAAUAAACGCAACUUGCAACUAUUUUGAUCUUGUUCUUGCAUGCUAUAGAUUCUUAAGGUCAAUUUGCUGUCUACUGUCAACUACAGUAUCAUUGUUAUGAGUAUGUUCACUGUGCCAGUCAUUAUAGCCAGUAUAGGCUAUAAUAAUGCCUUAACCUAAUUGCAAUUGACAUAAUAAGAGUUACAUUUGAAUAAUUCCCUCAUUUUAUAUAUUUUUUAGAGGGAAUACAUCUCUAAAGCACUAUAGAGUAAGCACA